AUGAAAUCCUCAAUAAUAGCCAAGUUUACUGGCCAAUUGCUUGUUCGUUUUGAUGAAAGUUAUUCCGCAGCAUUUCUACAUUAUGGUCGAGCAUUGUCAACGCUCCAAAUACGACCUCAUGGUCUGACCCGCAAGUCACUGCGGAAGAUGAGCAUGAGAAGCUCAAUUAUUCGUCUGCCUCAUCGGUACUUCAGUAAUGCCCACUCACAUCAGGGAAAAGAAACGAUUGUAACGAGUCAACACAAUAAACGAGUUAAAAAGAUAUCGACUGAUAUAAGGGAAUUUUAUAUCCGGAAGGAAAAAUGGCGGAUUAAUCAUGGUUCGACAAAUAGUACGCGACCAUUGGAUUCCAAGAAAAAUCUCAUCCACACCACAGAUCUUUCCAACAUAUUGGAAAUUGAUAUCGAGAAGAGAACAUGUCUUGCCGAGCCCAAUGUUCCAAUGGAUCGGCUAGUUGAGGCCACUUUGAGAUGUGGCCUUGUGCCUUUGGUAGUUCCAGAAUUUCCCGGAAUAACAGUCGGUGGGUCGUACUCAGGAACAUGUGGCGAAAGUAGUUCCUUUAAGCAUGGAUUUUUCGACAAGAGUGUUAGUUCGGUAGAGAUGGUACUUGCAACAGGUGAUGUGAAUAUUCUUUCAGCAAAUCAAAACUCAGACUUAUUUUAUGGAGCCGCCGGAGCACUUGGAACGUUUGGAGUAACGACUCUCGUUGAGCUUCGACUCCAACCCGCCAAAAAAUAUGUCAAGACUACUUACUAUCCUGUAGAAAGUAUCCAAGAUGCCAUUGAAAAGAUUCAAAAAUUCUGUUUAGACUCAAGCCUUGAAUAUAUCGAUGGUAUUAUGUUCGACCCAAAAUCUGGUGUCAUAGUUACUGGAUAUCUCACUGAUUUCGCUGAUGCUAACAGCUCAGUUGUCCGGUUUGGUAGAAGAAGCGAUCCAUGGUUUUAUCUGCACGCUCAGGAAAAUGUUAAAAGAGGUGGUGUGCACGUCGAAUACAUACCUCUCGCCGACUAUCUCUUCAGGUAUGAUAGAGGUGGCUUUUGGGUCGGCACUGCUGCAUUUGAAUACUUCAAGUUCCCAUUCAAUAGAUUCACACGUUGGGCGCUUGAUGACUUCUUACAUACCCGAAUGAUGUACACAGCGCUUCACGCUAGUGGACAAUCUAAGAGAUUCAUCGUACAAGAUCUAGCUCUACCAUACGAAACAGCCGAGGAAUUUAUUUCUUACACACAGUAUGAACUUGGAAUCUGGCCCUUGUGGCUAUGCCCAUUGCAGUCAACUUCUAUGCCUACAAUGCACCCCCAUUCUCUUUUAAAAGUGGAUAAUUCAGAGGGGAAUUCAUCAAAUUCACUUCUUAACAUAGGGCUCUGGGGAUGGGGCCCAAAAAAUACAGAUGAUUAUGUCCGAAAAAAUCGAGAAUUAGAGAUGAAGCUCAAAAGCCUCGGGGGCAUGAAGUGGCUCUACGCACAAACUUAUUAUGACGAAAAAGAGUUCUGGCAACAGUUUGAUCAACCUUGGUACGAAGCGUUGCGUAGUGCUUACAAUGCUACAACGUUGCCCAAUGUUUAUGAUAAAGUCAAAAGGUAUGAAAGCGGUCCUGAUAAAGUAGUUGCACGUGUCUGGGAUAAGACAUCUAUCUUUCGACGCCUUAUGGGCCAAUGGCCUUUUGCAGGCCUUUACGGACUACAGAAGGCUAUCGAGAGCCGCUCCUACCUGGCUGCGCGGAAAUCGGAAUGGAAAAGAUAA